AUGGAGGAUUCUACUGAAAUAGUUAAGGAAAAUCGAGCGUCGUCGUCAAGUUCAACAACCGCUACUACACCAUUUGAUGACUUCGAUGGAAUAAAUCCCGCAUAUGAUCUAAACGACUCCGAAGCUACUAUGUUCCUUAAAAAGAUUCGUGAUAUUGAUGUAUCAAGUUUUGAGGAUGAAGACGAAGAAAAAGAGUCGUCAAGAUUUGUGACUACAAUUCACGAGCCAAUUGUUGAAGCUGAUUCUGAUAUAGUAAAGAUUUUGGUGUCUCAUAAACGCAGUAGUGGUGAUUAUUCUCGUAUUAAUUAUUUAGAAAUGUCGACCGAUAGCAAAUCAUUGCAAUCACCACCGCAACAAUCAAAAAAAAGAACAUUUAUGUUAGCUACCGAUCUCUCAUCUGAGAGUUUAUAUGCUUUUGAGUGGGCGGUGAAGAAUGUUUUGCGACCGGAAAGUGAAUUAUAUAUUGUUAGCGUGUUAGAGGAAGAUAAACCUGUAUCUGGUACUUCGAAUUCAAUAUCAUCACCGAAUAGUUCUCAGACAAUCAUUAAUGAGAGAUUGGAGGUAGCUCAAAAAAUAGCUAAAGUGACGCGCACAUUUUUGGAUAAUACGCGAUUUCCCGUGUCUCUAGAAAUUCAAGUUGUCACUGCGAAAAGCACACGGACUAUGCUUACGAAUAUGAUUGAUCUAAUCAAACCAACAUUGGUAAUUGCCGGCAGCCGAGGACUAAGCUCUAUCAAAGGCAUGUUUCUUGGAAGUAUAAGUACAUAUCUAGUACAAAAUUCCUCGGUCCCAGUAAUGGUCGCUCGACAACACACCGAACCUAAACGUAAAAAACGAAGUGCUGACAAGAAAAAAGACGAAAAGCUUUCUUUGAUUGAACUUCGUGAGUCUGUGAAAAAAUUAGAGUAUGCUGGUCUUGAAGAGAUAUAA